AUGGUCUCGUCCCAACCUCGACUCCGGAUUGCCGUGAUCGGAGCUGGCCCGGCUGGCCUCGCGGCAGCCAUCGAGUUUGCAAAACUGCCGUUUCUUCGUGAGAUUGGGACGGGAAUUAGUAUCCAACGCAAUACGUGGAGGCUGUUGGAUGCGUUUGGCCUUUACGAUAACAUCGACCCCGAGACCGUCUUCCGAGCGGCUGACGGGCAUGCGGUUCAGCAUCGCAAUGGGCGGACGGGGGAGUUGUUGUCUUCACAUGGGCAGUCUGAAACUCCGCUACGACAUCAGCAUGCGCGAGCCUUACGCUCGGUCUUGCAGCAGGCUCUGCUAAAGACAAUCGACCCCUCGCGCCUGAGGCUUUCUAGUCGACUUGUCGAGAUUACUGAAACAGUCCGUGGAAUCGACCUGCUCGUUGGGGCUGACAGGGUGCGAUCAGUAGUCCGUCAAUUCGCUUUUUCAGACCAUCGCAUCGCAUAUACAGCCAAAAUCGCCUACCGGGCGCUGGUCGACGCCGAGAAAGUUCUGUCUAUCCCAAACUUUCCCGACGCAGUAAUUUUCUGGCAUGGUCCGAAGGACUGGGUUUAUACCUGUAAUCUCAACCAGGGAAUAUACGAGGUUCGAGAGGUCAAGAAGUUCGCACUCUUUGCUGGACCGCCACUGGCCACGUUAGUGUCGUGCGGCUCGAUUGCCUUGGUUGGCGAUGCAUCUCAUCCAUUAAGCGGUGCCUUUGGGGACGGCGCUGGAUUCGCCCUAGAAGAUGUAUUCGUACUUGUGCGAGCCAUCGAAUGGGCACAUACGCGCGGCCGUUCGAUUCGCGAAGCAUUGAACCUAUAUGACCUAGUUCGCUCACCGUAUUACAAAAGUCUGUAUGCGGUCCUGGACGGAUUCCGUCGGUCCGAUGACAAUAUUUCCGACUCGAUGGGGUUCGACGAUGCGGUGUUCAUGACUGUCACAAAUAAGUGGGAGGAAGGCGCCCAUUGGAUGUAUCAUUAUGAUGUGCGUUUCUUUGUAUGA